AUGUCCCGCCACCAAGCAUAUCGUAAUUACGACUACGAGAAUGACCUCGACGAAUAUGAAGCAGACGAAUUUGGAGAUGAGGAAGAGGAACUAAGCUCGGAAGAUCAAGCACAAAUGAACGUCGGUACUGCCCAAGUUCGAACCGCUCUUGGUGUGGAAUCAUCCAAGGUUACCACCAAACAAAUCCAAGAUGCGCUAUGGCAUUACUAUUAUGAUGUCGAUAAAUCUGUGACAUAUUUAAUGACUAAAUAUGUCGCGCCUUCAACCAAGAAGAAAGGGGGAGGUGAAGCACAUGCACUGCACGUCUCAUUUGCUGGCUUCUUUAGCGACAUGCCGUGGUUAAAUAUCCCAAAGGAUCGAGAAACUACAUUCAUCGCACCACCACAGCCCCGAGGCGGGCUGCUAGGGGGUGCUAGCGCAGAUGGCAAGGUUUCUAAACUCCAAGCACUCGCUGCUGCUCGCAAGAAGAAAGCAGAAAAUAGGAAAUUGGACGAGAAACAACUACAAGAUGCAACACAGAAAUUAAGCAACCUCUCCAUCACACCAACGCAACCUGAAUCUAGUAAAGAGAAUGUGCGGCCGACCGCAACAGCGCCGAGGGGAACUGCAGGGUUUACAAGCGCUAGCAUAGCCAGUAUAUCCCAACAGACAGGAUCUAAAAGCCCCGAGGUUGUGGAGGACAAGGUCCAAAGCCAGUCAGAAAAAAAUACUACCGAGCCAAACAAUCCACCGGGAUUUACGAACCCUUUACCAGAAACCGUGCCAUUUGAGGCUGCUGCGCCGUCUCCCUUCGCCCAGGCCCUUCUCGGCUCCAUUAACGGUUCUAAUAAUUCCGUGCCGAGAACUUACCCGUUUCCUUAUAUCAAUUUGACUUCAUCUGUAACUGACGCAUUCUCAGCGCCAAGUCCAGAUGAUGUAGUCUUGGCAGCACAGUCCCAAGGUUCGCUCUUAGCGAAGAAGGCCGUUAAUACGACUAAGAAGAAGGCCAGCGCGAAAGGAAAAGUCGAAGACGUUACGGACGGUGUAAAAGGCCUUAAUAUCCCUGACACGCCAUUACCCAAAAGCAAGAAUGUUGAUGUGCUUAAGGAAUUUGAGAAGACUAAGAGGAAGAAGAACGCAAGCUUCGUAGUCGUCGGCCAUGUGGACGCUGGUAAAAGUACCCUGAUGGGACGCCUGUUGCUCGACCUCAACGUCGUUGACCAGAGAACGAUACAGAAAUAUCGAAAAGAGGCCGAAAGUAUAGGGAAAUCUUCUUUUGCACUUGCGUGGGUGCUAGACCAACGAUCGGAAGAGCGAUCAAGAGGCGUAACUAUUGACAUCGCAACAAAUAAAUUUGAGACGGAUAACACAUCAUUCACGAUUCUGGAUGCGCCUGGACAUCGAGAUUUUAUCCCGAACAUGAUAGCCGGCGCGAGUCAAGCAGACUUUGCGAUCUUAGUGGUGGACGCAACAACUGGCGCAUUUGAAGCUGGGCUCAAGGGACAGACAAGGGAGCACUCUCUUCUCCUGCGCAGCAUGGGCGUCUCCCGAGUUAUUGUCGCAAUCAAUAAGCUGGACACGGUUGGCUGGUCUCAAGAACGGUUCGAUGAAAUUUCACAACAAGUAUCCGGCUUCCUCUCGGCAACGGGGUUCCAGCCCAAAAAUGUUAGCUUUGUCCCCGUGUCCGGCUUACACGGGGAUAACAUAGUAAAAAGGGCCGCAGACGCAGCAGCCAACUGGUAUUGUGGGAAAACGCUCGUCGAGGAAUUGGAGAGCUCGGAACCAAUGGCUCGAGCAUUGGACAAGCCUCUACGCUUAACUAUUUCCGAAGUUUAUCGUACAGCACAGAGCCCGCUUACAAUAUCCGGGAGGAUAGAUGCUGGCUCGGUGCAGGUGGGCGACGCACUAAUCGUUCAGCCUAGCGGCGAGAAGGCUUACGUCAAGUCUUUGGAACUUGAUCAUGAGCCAGUGGACUGGGCCGUGGCGGGACAGAAUGUCGUCAUUCACCUCAGUAAUGUCGACCCGAUCCACGUACGCGUUGGAGAUAUUAUCUGUGAUACGAAACAGCCAAUCGAUUGUAUCGAUACAUUCACCGUCAAGGUACUAGCGUUCGACAUCCUAAUGCCGAUGCAGGUGGACGUACACAGGGGCCGUUUACACGCCGCGGGCCAAAUCCUAGAGAUACCAGCUUUGCUCGACAAAACCAAAGGCACGAUACUAAAAAAGAAACCCAAGAUAGUGAAGCCAGCAAGCGUGGCGAGAGUAGUAGUCAAGAUGACAACUAAAGUACCGCUUGAAACAGGCCAGCGUGUUGUGUUGAGAAGUGGAGGCGAGACUGUUGCCGCUGGAUUAUUAGAAUGA